AUGCAUAAAACAUCUACGAUAAAUUCUUGCCCGGCCAAUAAGUUCGGUUUGUAUUGUUUCUAUCAAUGCCAUUGUUCAGGGGAUGACCAAUGCCACAAGAUAAAUGGUAACUGUCCGUCUGAGAGAUGUCAUCCAGAAUGGGAUGGACCAGCAUGUCAACAGAGACUCGCUCGCCUUUUCCACCCACCCACUGUUAACGUUCAUGGCUGUCAGAAUGUGACAGUUUCGUGGAAUGCAUGGACACAUAAUGUCGACGUUGGAGUGACAAGGAUAAGUGCCUAUAUACUGAAAAUCCGUCGUCGGGGUAACCAGCAAUGGCGGGAUGUUGUCGUCACAAAUGGCACUUCAAAUUUUACUGAGAAAAUACCCGGUUUAGAGAAGAAUGGUGUUUACCAGUUUCGAGUCGAUAUUUUAUCCAGGAACGAAAAAACAAACAUCACCGGUCCUCCAGGAGUUCCGACUGCAUUUGUCCACGUGCCUUGCAUAAUUCCUACAGGCAAGGUUAUCUAUGUCUAUAGUGACAAAAUAACCUCGGAUUCUGUAAGCCUCAGUUGGAUAAAGCUUGACUGUUCCGAAAGGGGCGGGAUUUUUGUCAGGUAUGACGUCAUAUUAAUGAAGUCAAUUGAUUCAUCGGCACCUGAUCUGAAGACGAGCACAACCCAGGAAAUGAUUACGAUCGGGAGAUUGGAGUCGUUCACCAACUACAGUGUUCGAGUUGCCUUUGUCAACCAUCGUGGUGCUGGAAAUAUGAGCGAUGAAUUUAAUUUUGUGUUUCGUUUUUUCUUUUCGUUUUUUUCCUUUCCUUUCUUUUUAUUUCUUGACAUUCUGACAUUUUUUUUUAUCUUCUUUUUUCUUUCUUCAUUUUCUUUCGUUUUCUAUCAUCUUUAUUUUUUUUUAUCUUUCAUUGUUUUUAUUCUGUUUUUUCUCUUUCUUUCAUUUUUCUUCUUUUUUUUUUCUUCUUUCAGGUUUCUAUUUUCCUUUUCUUCACUUUCUUUUUCCUUUCAUUUUCCUUUUCUUCACUUUCUUUUUCCUUCAUUUUCCUUUUCUUCACUUUCUUUUUCCUUCAUUUUCCUUUUCUUCACUUUCUUUUUUCUUCAUUUUCCUUUUCUUCACUUUCUUUUUUCUUCAUUUUCCUUUUCUUCACUUUCUUUUUUCUUCAUUUUCCUUUUCUUCACUUUCUUUUUUCUUCGUUUUCCUUUUCAUUUUAUUUUUUGUUUAACAUUCGUUCUUUCUUUCUUUCGUUCUUUCUUUGUUUGUCAUUCUUUACUUACAUGCAUUCUUUUUUUCUUACUUUCUCUUUCAUUACUUUCUGUGCUUUUCUCUUUCUUUCAUUCUUUCUUUAUUUGUUUAUUUCAUUCUUUCCUUAUUCUCUGA